CCCUCUCAGUCAAAUUUUGAAUGAAGAAGAAACCAAAUCUACAAUGAUGAGGUUUAUUCAACACUUGUGUCUGACCGAAAGAAGAGUCCAAUAAUCUGUCCCCAGUGAACAGAUAUGAUACAUUGUAUUGUGUGUAUAACUGUGUAUAUCAAGAAAAGUAACGUGGUAGAAUUUAAAAGUUGAGGUCAGCACAAAGAGAAGAAAACAUUACCACAGAACCAAAUGGCAGAGAGGAAAGGGAAGGUUUGUGUCACUGGAGGAACAGGGUUUCUUGGUUCAUGGAUCAUCAAGAGACUCCUUGAGGAUGGAUAUGCUGUUAACACCACUAUUAGAUCUAAUCCAGGGGCUAAGAGAGAUGUUAGCUUCCUCACAAAUCUACCUGGUGCAUCUCAGAAGCUAAAAAUCUUCAAAGCUGAUCUCAACAUCCCCGAAAGUUUUGGUCCAGCAAUUGAAGGUUGUGUUGGUGUAUUCCACACUGCUACACCAAUUGAUUUUGCAUUAGAUGAACCAGAGGAAAUAGUGACCAAAAGAACCAUUGAAGGAGCAUUAGGAAUUCUCAAAGCAUGCCUAAAUUCAAAGACUGUGAAGAGGGUUGUUUACACUUCUAGUGGCUCUGCUGUUAAUUCCUUUAGCGGCAAAGAGGAUGAAGAAGGAUUGGAUGAGAGUUAUUGGAGUGAUGUAGAGUUGCUUAGAAGUGUGAAACCUUUUGGUUGGUCAUAUAUAGUUUCUAAGACAUUGGCAGAGAAGGCAGUGCUUGAAUUUGGGGAACAACAUGGGUUGAAUGUUGUGACUCUCACACCUACUUUUAUUGUUGGAAGAUGGAUUUGUCCUCAGCUUCCUGGCUCAAUUGAGAAAGCACUUGUUUUGAUAUUAGGUAAAAAGGAUCAAAUUGGUGUCACUCUUUUCCAUAUGGUACAUGUGGAUGAUGUAGCUAGAGCACAUAUAUUCCUUCUUGAACAUCUUAAUCCAAAAGGGAGAUAUAAUUGCUCACCAUUCACUUUACCUAUUGAAGAGAUGUCUGAGCUUCUUUCAGCUAAAUACCCAGAAUUUCAAAUACCGACAGUAGACGAGUUGAAGGAAAUUAAAGGUGCCAAGUUGCCAAGUUUAAUCUCGAAGAAACUUGUGGAUGCGGGUUUUGAGUUUAAGCAUAGCCUUGAGGAAAUGUUCGAAGAUGCAAUUCAAUGCUGCAAGGAAAGGGGUCAUCUUUAAUCUCAUAUAGUCCUGAAGUUGAAGAAACAAGAAAUAGUUUGGUGACGGAACGGAGCAGGACAGAACAGAACGGAACGGGACAGAACAUGAUGGAACAGGACAAUAAUGUUAUGUGUGUUGUGUUUGGUAACUCCAAGUCAAUAGAACAGAACCAUGAUUUUAAUUACAUAUAUAACUCUGCAUGUUUAAUAUUUGAUUGAUGAAAAUAAAUUGAACUCAAAUGAACAUUUUACAUAGAAAUUGUUUGUUAUUGCUUA